CUGCGGGUUCACGCUGAGUUCAUUGUCGAUGAAUAAAUAGACUGUAGCCGAAAGCGAGGGAGUGUAGUCAGAGGAGGUGCAGUGCAUCUGCGACAGGCGGAUACUAGUGUGGUUUUCCAGCGGCAGGACUCAGAUCAACAUGGCAGUGUUGUCAUUGUUUAUAAAGGUUUAUCUUUAUACUGUUGAAAUACACAUGAACAUUUUAGUCGUCACUCUUGUCCAGAGAGAUUUACAGGAGCAAGUAGUGUAACGGCUACUGGUUUCGAGAGCAAUAAGAGAGGCAGUCAGGAUGAGUGGGGCUGCGCUGGGCAUUGAGAUAGUGGUGGUGUUCUUCCUGGCUCUGUUCCUGCUGCAUCGCUAUGCAGACUUCCGUAAGCAGCAGAGGAUGGUGCUGUUUGGCACCUUACUGGCCUGGUACCUGUGUUUCCUCAUCGUCUUCAUUCUUCCUCUGGACAUCAGCACGACGAUCUACAAGCAGUGUAAGAUUGAUCAUGAAGAACAUGCCUCCAUAUCCCUGGUGACCGCACUGAUAUCCAAUCAAACUGCAGGAAACUCCACCACGGCCACACCCACUAAAAGUGUUCCAAAGGUGUGUUACAAGCCGUGGAGCUACAUUCCAGAUGGAAUCAUGCCUGUGUUCUGGAGGGUUGUUUACUGGACCUCUCAGUGUCUCACCUGGCUGCUGCUGCCCUUCAUGCAAUCCUAUGCACGCUCGGGGGGCUUCUCCAUCACUGGGAAAAUAAAGACUGCACUGAUAGAGAAUGCUAUUUAUUACGGGACAUACCUGCUCAUCUUCGGAUCGCUGCUUAUCUACGUGGCCGUUCACCCUCAGUGGCACCUCUCCUGGUAUGAGCUCCAGACAAUAGGCAUCACUGCAGCCAACACCUGGGGCCUGUUCCUGCUGGUGCUGUUGCUAGGUUAUGGCCUAGUAGAGAUUCCGCGCUCGUAUUGGAACGCCUCGCGGCAGGGACACCUGCUCAUCAAGACUUACUUCAAGGCAGCCAAGCUGAUGACAGAGAAGGCUGAUGCAGAUGAGAAUCUAGAGGACGUCAUGGAGGAAGUGAGAAAAGUCCAAGAAUCCAUCAAGUAUAACCACCCACUGAGGAAGUACAUCGAUACUAUUCUUAGAAAGUGUCCUGUCGAGUACCAGGAGAAGAUGGGCAGAAACAUGGAUGACUAUGAGGACUUUGAUGACAAACAGAACACUUAUCCUAGUGAGAAGAACCUGGUGAAGCUUCACAAACAGGUGAUCUACGCAGUGCAGAGGCACAACAGGACCCAUGUCCAGUGGCAGAUCCUCCUGCAGCAGGCUAUGCACCUGGAGGACGUGGCCAAGAAUGAGACCAGCUCAGCCCACCAGUUUGUUCACAGCUUCCCCUCCACAGAACCAACUAGCUGUCUCAGCCCAUACUUAUACACUCCUACUGUAGAGUGGUACUGGGAGUGUCUGCUGAGACAGUGGUUCUACCGGCUGCUGGCUGUGUUGCUGUCUCUGUUCUCUGUGGGUGUGGUGUGGUCUGAGUGCACCUUCUUCAGCACCCGGCCUGUCCUCUCACUCUUCGCUGUCUUCAUCCAGCUCGCUGAGAGAGACUACAACUACUUGUAUAUCGAGAUGGCGUGCUUCAUCACCAUCUUCUUCCUGUGUACCUGCGUUUACUCCACUGUGUUCCGGAUCCGAGUGUUCAACUACUACUACCUGGCCUCACACCACCAGACUGACGCCUACAGCCUGCAGUUCAGUGGCAUGCUGUUCUGCCGUCUGACCCCUCCUCUGUGUCUGAACUUCCUGGGUCUGAUCCACAUGGACUCUGCCAUCUCCCACCAACUGAAGGAGCAGACGGCCUACACCUCUAUCAUGGGUUCUAUGAGGGUCCUAUCGUUCAUCGCUAAUGGCUUCUAUAUCUACUACCCCAUGCUUAUAUUGCUGCUAUGUAUCGCUACCUACUUCAGCCUGGGUACCCGCUGUCUGAACCUCCUGGGCUUUCAGCAGUUUGUGGGAGACAAUGAAAUGACCUCUGACCUGAUUGAUGAGGGAAAGGAGCUCAUUCGACGAGAGAAAAGAAAGCGCCAAAGGACAGAGGAUGGAGAGAACCGGCGAAGGGAGUGGAAGGAGCGUUAUGGUAACACUCGGGAAGACACUGCCAGGAACAGGAAUAGAAAUGAAGCCGCAGAAAUGACAGAGACCAACCACUCUGAUACUGUGCCUAUCCCUAACACUAGUCCUAACAGACAGGUGAAGUACUCUCGGACUGGCAGAGGAACAGAGAGAGAUUCUAUAGAACUUCUCGAGGACGCAGAGCCUUUGGACUUCAAUGCAGAGACUCUUUCAGAUGACCCUCUUGAAGCAGACUCCACCAGGCAUGUGCCAGGCAGGUACCUGUCCAUGUCCUCGUCACGGAGCAGAAUCUUUGAUGAUGUUUGAGAAGAGUAGCGAGGGAGAGUCGAAGGAAUAGGAAAGCUAAAUAUUGCACAUUAAUUUUCAUCCUCCACUCAUCCACCUUGUAGGGAAGACUACGAAGGAGAGAGACUCUCAGGCUCUGUGAAUGUAGCACGAUCUCUUAUCUUCCACUCCACUGUUGGCAUGAUGUAUCUGCUGCUCCUUGUCUCCAAUAGCUUGUCUUCUGUCAAAACACCCCAGUGGCUGUUGAUAUACACUUCCCCAUUAGACCGAUAGCUGUCCUCCCCUGUGCAGCAUGUCAUCCGUACCCCAUUUGGGCUCAUCACUUUCUCAUCCGUUAAACCACUUAGUCAUUUCUGUUAUUACUUAUGCAUGAAUUUCCGUUCAAGGUCCCCUUCCUGGGGUAUACCCUGUGAUCUUUACAAUGGAUGUAUAAAGUGUCUUACCUCAAAUCUGGUUAAUGGGCUGAUUACAUAUUUUCUCAUCAAAAUGAUGAACAAAGUAAUUACUACUAAUUUAAGGAUAUUUUUGGAGGAAGACUUAUUUAAAAUGUAUGAAGCUGUAUUUAACCCUCGAAAAGUUACUAACUUUCUACUUAUUUAACUGUCAGCAAAAUAGAAAUAGUGGAAAACAUUAUCAAUGUUUCAAUGGAGCGGCAGGUAGCCUAGUGGUUAGAGCGUUGGACUAGUAACUGAAAGGAUGCAAGAUCGAAUCCCCGAGCUGACAAGGUAAAAAUCUGUCGUUCUGCCCCUGAACGAGGCAGUUAACCCACUGUUCCUAGGCCGUCAUUGAAAAUAAGAAUUUGUUCUUAACUGACCUGCCUAGUUAAAUAAAGGUUAAAAAUGAUUAUAUAUAUUUUUUUAAAUGAGUCUUGUGUUGCCGGUCUUGUAUUAUUCUGGUAUAUGGACGGAAGGACUGUUGCUUAGGUCUGUUUCGGAAUUUGGCCCAUAAUGCUUGAGAUGUUGUUGAAAUUGGAGGUCAACUGAUACAGCCGAUACUAAAAAAAUAAAAAAAUAUUUACCAUUGCUCUUAAUUGAGAUAUGUUCUCUAUGUUCUAUUCCGAGUGUCAAAAUGACCUUAAGUUUGUUUGAAAAUAGUUUUUGUGGAUUCUGUUGAAAGGCCUGUUUAAAAGUAAUGUUCUAUAUUGUGUCAUUAGCGAUUAACUGCUUGACAUAAGUAACGACUUAUUUAUUGUCAAACUAUUUGAAUUUUAGGUGUUAAAUUAUCUACUGAAGUCUUUUUGGGAUAUCAUUGUGCCAUAUUAUUUUGUUUAUUUGACUGCAUUACAAAAAUGGCAAAGGCAUAUUUUUUACAGUUAUGAUUUCAUUAUUUUUGGUUUAAUUACUUGGAUCAACCAAAAAUAAAAGUGAAUUGUUUUAAAUGUAUUGCAUUGAAAUAUUUAUUCUUACGUUGUUCAAGAGGUCUUGCUGGAAGGUACUGCGAAGCAACAGGCCAUUGUGCCACUGAAAUACAUUGUCCUAGAAAUAUGACUUCAUAUUGUUUCAACUUGAAACUACUGUAACUGUAUGAGCUUGGUUGGAUGAGGAAUUCAGGUAAAAACGGUCAGAAGCAUGCAUGUUAAAUGCAUGGUAUUCACCAUUUUGAAGGAGUUGGACAAUUAUUAUAAAAUCGUGUUAAAUUGUAAUCUGUUGUAAAUAAUAUUUUAGAUUUAACCAGUCCCCCGUCUCUCAAUGUAUCUGUUAAUGAUGCUCUCUUAUUUAAAAUUGUAUUAUAUGGUUCUAUUAAUCUGGCAGACAAAGGUCAACACAUGUACAACAUGCUAUUUAUUCUAAAUUCAUUUAACUGCAUCUGUUAAGGUCACUGGUAUCCAUGGGCUAAAAAAAUAGUCUUGUCAGGUUAGAUGCCCCUUGAACUCCUUACAAUCUCUUUUUGUAAAAAGUAAGAAAUUAAUUAAAUUGAUGCUCCCCAACUUUUGUAUAAUUUCAGCCACUAGUUUUGAAAGUGGUUUGCCCAAGUUAAACAGGUCCCAGUUUGUGUACUACGUCAUCCAAUUUUGUCAUCCAUUUUGUAUGUUGUUACAUUCUGAUUUUGUAUUUUUUGUUGUAAUUCCUAUAUGUUAUGAAUACAAUAUGUUACAAAAUUUGUUGUGCUUAAGAUCCUGGACUGCAUCUUUUAAAGUAACGUUCCUAAUGAAUUAUACAGACGUGUAGUGUUAUUGAUACUUUUGGUCAUGUAUUGUAUGUGGAAACAUCUCAUUUCAAAAUCAUGGGCAUUAAUAUGGAGUUAGUUCCCCCCUUUGAGGCUAUAACAGCCUCUACUCUUCUUGGAAGGCUUUCCACUAGAUGUUGGAACCAGUGGUGUAAAGUACUUUCAAGUAUUUUUACUUAAGUUGUUUUUUGGUAUCUACUUUACUAUUUAUAUUUUUGACAACUUUUACUUCACUUACAUUCCUAAAGAAAAUAAUUUACUUUGUACUCGUUACAUUUUGAUUGCUUAGCAGGACAGGAACAUGGUCCAAUUCACACACGUAUCAAUGGAACAUCCCUGGUCAUCCAUACUGCCUCUUAUCUGGCGGACUCACUAAACACAUGCUUUGUUUGUAAAUUAUGUCUGCAUGUUGUACUGUGACCCUGGCUAUCCGUAAAUAAAAAAAAAUAAAAAAUUGUGCCAUCUGGGUUGCUUAAUAUUAGCAAUUUGAAAUUAUUUAUACUUUUAUUUUUAUUUUACAUUUAAAACCAAGUACUUUUAGACUUAAGUAAUAUUUUACUGGGUGACUUUUACUUGUAAUUUUCUAUUAAGGUAUCUUUACUUUUACUCUAUGGUAAUUGGGUAAUUUUCCCCGCCACUGGUUGGAAUAUUGCUGCCAUUCAGCCACGAGCAUGAGUGCGGUCAGGCACUGAUGUUGGGUGAUUAGGCCUGGCUCGCAGUCAGCGUUCCAAUUUAUCUCAAAGGUGUUUGAUGGGGUUGAGGUCAGAGCUCUGUGCAGGCCAGUCAAGUUCUUCCACACUGAUCUCGACAAACCAUUUCUUUCCACUGCUCCAGACUCCAAUGGUGGUGAGCUUUACACCUCUCCAGCCAAUGCUUAGCAUUGCACAUGGUGAUCUUAGGCUUGUGUGCAGCUGCUCUGCCAUGAAAACCCAUUUCAUGAAGCUCCUGACGAACAGUUAUUGUGCUGAUGUUGCUUCCAGAGGCAGUUUGGAACUCAGUAGUGACUGUUGCAACAGAGGACCCUAUUUUAUUCGCUCUUCAGCACUCAGCGGUCCCUUUCUGUGAGCUUGUGUGGCCUAUAACAUUGCGUUGUUACUCCUAAACAUUUCCACUAAACAACAUCCUAUGACCGUGCCAUGUUGAAAGUCACUGAGCUCUUCAGUAAGGCCAUUCUACUGCCAAUAUUUGUCUAUUGAGAUUGCAUGGCUGUGUGCUUGACUGUAUACGCCUGUCAGCAAUGGGUGUGGCUGAAAUAUACGAAUCCAUACAUGUCCACAUACUUUUGUGUAUUUAAUGUUGAUAGGUAACCGUACACUGAUUUUGGUGAAGAUGUUUGGUUUUUCUUUAUUUCAUUUUCCCUGCACAUGUACUCUGAUGCUGGAAUGUUAUAAUUUAUUAAACCCUGGUAUUGGUCCUCGUUUUAAAAAAAAAAGUAAUGUUUAGACUAAAAUAGCAUGUAUUAUACCACUGUUGUGCAAAGAAAUAAACUAAAGCAUCCUUAAAUUA